GCAGCUAACAUCAGUUUCUGUUUCAAAACUUAAGUCACCACGAAAACUGUGUCUCCUCAGGCGACCACCUGUAGUCCCCUGGAAUGGAGUCUCCCUCGAACAUGUACGACACCUUCAAAGAUAAGAUCUGGAAAGAGCUGGGACCACUGGACCCCGACUGGUUUCACGUCCUGACAGCUCAAACGUCCACCAAUGAGGGAAAUGUCUCUGACCAAGAUGACCUCUGCGCCAACCAAGAGGGAAACUUCAAAGCCCCCUGUGACAGAACCGCACUGGAGAGUCAGCUGUUUUCUACCCCUAAAGUUUUCAGACACAGGCGAGUUGUGUCCCCUGAAACGGAGGGUGAGCAGUCGUUCACUGCUGAACAAGAAAAAGAAGCACGGCCAUGGAAGGAAACACAAAGUCCAUGUUUGUUUCAGAUGACAAAAGAGAGGGUCCCUGGAGCAAAAUGUGGACGUUUUGAUUUUCUUCAGACCUCACCCAAAUCCCCAGUUAGCUAUGCCAAGCAAAUAUCUGAAAGUCUAGGUGCACAGAUUCAUCCGGACAUAUCGUGGACGAGUUCUCUGAACACCCCCCCAGCUGUGCCGUCCACUCUGAUUUUAUCUAAAACCGAUGAGAGUCCCUGUCCAAUGAGUGUUUCUUCAGACAGCAAUGUUGUUUUUGUACGGAAGCUUUUUCCUUCUCUUUCAAACGCAUCUGUAGCUGCAGCAGUAUCACCCCAAAACAACGAUGUGCUGGUUCACAGAGGUGUUGUUUCCACUGAGGCUGGUCAGAAUCCAGAGUCCCAUAACUCCCCCCAGGAUUCACUGAAUCCAAGUCCGAGUGGUUGGCGACAGAAGCUUCCAGACGCUAUUGAAGAUGGAGAUGUACGCAGCACCGUGGCGAGUGUUCUUGAUGGAGCGGAAAAUGUUCUUUCCAUGUUUUUCUCCAACAGUAGUUCAGCCCUGAGAAAAGUGAAAACUGACAGAAUCAAGAGAAAACAGAUCAUCUCGCCAAAAGAACGUGGCUACAGCUUUACAGACGUCUCGACUACUAACAACGCUGCAUCACUGGAACAGAGUACAGAUGAUCGGGAACCUGUCAAAAUAUCCUCACCCCCACCACAGAAGACUAGAGAUACUGGAAUCACCCAGUGGUCUCCAUUGAGUUUAUCUGAAAUUCCUCCCUCGACCGUAGAUUCCUCUUGCAGGGAUAAUAAUCAUGCUGCUACACAAGUGGACGACAAAACUGUACCAGAACAACUGCGGAGCAACUCUGAUUCUGGCCAACUCACCAGGUCGCAUUUGACAGGCUCAUACUAUGGAUUUACAAAGAAAAAGAGACAAUUUGUUUACACCAUUGAGACUCCAAAAACACAAGCUCAAGGGAACGAGACACCAUCUGUGAAGAAUGACACCUCCCCCAGGCUUCCAGGGAACAAAGGGAGUGACAAGCUGUUGGGGGAAAUCCAAGAUGAAGCAGACUGUUGCAGAAUCAGGGAGGAUGAGAUACAAAAACAGAAAAAUGUCACGGAAGAAAACGUUCCUCUUCCUGUUCAACCAAAAGCCCAGGAUCUUGACAUGUCGCAGCUCUGCAGAGAUUUUGCACAAGACUUCAGUCAAAUGUUAGACCCCGGGAAACCAAGUGAGGUAGCAGAGGAUACUCCUCAAAAUGGCUUCUCUCCCUCAACUUGUCUGAACGCCAUGAAGCAAGCCAAGCAGAGAGUGAGACGAGUAAACUUUCCCCAUGACUGUGAUCACACCACUGAGAGAAAACCUGUUUCUGCCACUGCUCAGAAUUACUCCAUCAAUGAGGGAACAGGAGUUGACAGCGGAUUCCAGUCUGCUGUUGCAGACAUCUCUCACCUGACUUCCACAUCCUUUAUUCUUCCCACCUCAGAGAACAUUGCUCAAAGUCAACAAUGGACUGGCUUUAAAACUGAUGGCCAAAGAGCUGCUUCUUCCCUAUCUACAAAUAUUAAACAUGUAAAAUAUCAUUCAGAUAUUUUAGAAGGAGCUGAAACUGAUGCCAAGAUGCCGAGUGCAGUCAAGGCAAGCCAGACACUGGGCCCUUGCAGAGAGAGUGAGUUACACGUAGAGAGCACAUCAACAGAACUGCCCAGUGUGUCCAAGUGA